AGGUGUCAUAUCAGGUAGGGGCGAAACCAAAACCAGCUGCGGCUGCUAUUCCGCCAUCUCGUUUCCUCCAAUAAUUCGAUAAACAAAUCAAUCCCCAAUUCCCUCACAGAUAACACUAUCCCACCCUCCAUUAUCACCACCCCUGUUUCUAUAACUGAUUCACCUCACAUUCUGCUCCUCCCUCUUUUCAGGGAAUGGAGCUCGACUAAUUUUUCCAGAAAUGGGUGAUUUCAUUUUGUGAUCCGGGUUAGAAUUCCUUCUCUAUUUGAAGUAUGAUACUGCAGAGUUCUUUCACGUCCUGGAUCGAUCACUUCCUUGAUUACAUGGGUGGUUGCUUUGGUUGCUGUUCCAAUUCACCACCAAUUACUGCUGUUGAUGAGCCAUCAAAGGGUCUUAAAAUACAAGGCCAAACAGUGAAAAAAUCCAUUUUUUCAGAUGAUUUUUGGAGCACAAGCACUUGUGAUAUUGAUUUUAGCGCGUUUCAGUCUCAAAGAAGCUUAUCAUCUAUUAGCGUCUCAAAUACAAGUCUCAGCCAAUCAAGUGGCGCCACCUGUACUGGGAUCCAGUCAGAAUUCGUUAACCAUGGUUUGCUUCAGUGGAAUCAAACAAGGCUACAAUGGGUUGAAAGUGGAAAGCCCAACAAAAGAAAAGCUCAAGAACCCGUUUUAAGCUGGAACGCCACUUACGAAAACUUACUCGGUACAAGCAGACGCUUUCCUCAAUCUAUUCCUCUCAGUGAAAUGGUUGAGUUUCUAGUGGACAUAUGGGAGCAUGAAGGAUUGUAUGAUUAAAGAUUAAAUCAUCGCCAAAAGCUCAUAAAAUUCUGUGGUUUUCAUCUCAAGUUCUUCGUAAGUUUUAAUAUAUAUAUAUAUAUAUAUAUAUAUAUAUAUAUAUAUAUAUAUAUAUAUAUAUAUAUAUAUAUAUAUAUAUAUAUGUUCUUAAUUGGACUCUUGAUGUGUACAGCUGUUUUUAAGUAUGGGGAUUAUACUAAAUUACUACAUUAAUGUUUUAUCUUGGAAAGUAAAAAAGAAAAGAUUUAACUUGUAGACUUUUGAUACCUCAAAA